AUGCUCACUCGCUCAACCAGACCGAGCCAAUGUGUAUUUUGUUCCUUCCGAGCCCUUGUGCCCGAUGUACCAAAACCGGCGUACAAUAUACAUAGAGGCUUUAGGACUUCCAAUGCCCAGUGUAGGAAUGGCUCCAAACCUUCCAAGCCUGCCAAACCCUCAAGACCUUCGAGACCUUCGAGACCAGGCACGAAAUUCAGGCCAUCAUUCAAUUCAGGGUAUGCGUCAGGACGUUUUCAGUUGCGAGACGGCAAUGCAGAGGAUCUUGGGUCUCACCAGUGGCUCGAAAAGCGAGUCCGUAAGGCCCUCGUUGAACUAAAGGAGGAUUUGACAUCAACGGAGGCUUCUCCAGAGUCUAACUUGUCGCAAAUGGAGGCCCUCGACCCUGGAGGGAUACACUGGGAAAGUUAUACCAAGAGGCUUGUCGAGAUACUACAAUCCCCAGGCCAAGCGCUCACGGAGCAGGAAGAGAGGCUCUUUACGGAUAUUGGAAAGGCCCAAUCCACAUCACAGAAGAACCUCCAGACAAAUCUACAUUUCGGAUUCAUCGACUUCGUCCUGACAGAGAACGUCAAAAAUGGAACCAUGAGUAACCACGUUUUGACCGAUCUGCGAUAUCCGACGGAAUGGUACACGGCGGCGAGACAAAUUCAACGCAACGUCCAUCUGCAUAUCGGGCCAACUAAUUCCGGCAAGACAUACAAUGCUCUCAAAAGACUUGACGAACAGAGAAAUGGUUUCUAUGCAGGUCCCUUGAGGUUACUGGCACACGAAGUCUAUUCGCGUUUCAAAGCAAAAGGUGCAAAGUGUGAUCUUGUCACUGGUGACGAUAUUAGGCGAGAAGAGGAUUCGGACGUCGCACUAUACGCCUCGACAGUAGAGAUGGUAGACGUUUCGAAGAAGGUCGAUGUCGCCGUCAUUGACGAGAUCCAAAUGAUUGCAUCUCCGGAUCGUGGUUGGGCGUGGACACGGGCGUUUUUGGGCGCCAACGCGAAAGAAGUCCAUUUGUGCGGAGAGGCUAGAGCUCUUCCUCUGAUCCGUGAGCUAUGCGCAGCAACCGGCGAUACACUGGAGGUGCAUGAAUACAAAAGGCUUAAUCCGCUGAAGGUCAUGACGAAAAGUUUGGGUGGCGACCUCAAGAAUCUGAGGAAGGGCGACUGUAUAGUCACCUUCUCCGUGAUGAACAUUCACGCCUUGAAGAGGCAAAUUGAGCUUGACACAGGUCGGCAUUGCGCGAUCGUAUAUGGCAGUCUACCUCCCGAGACGAGAGCAGCCCAGGCCGCACUGUUCAAUGAUCCGGACAAUGACUACGACUAUCUGGUGGCGAGUGAUGCCAUCGGCAUGGGCCUUAAUUUGAGCGUUAAACGCAUCAUAUUUCACGGUGUGUCGAGAUGGAAUGGGACCCACCACGAACAGCUUUCGGUCUCGCAGAUCAAACAGAUAGGCGGCCGAGCUGGCCGAUACCGAAGCGCCCACCAGGAUGUGCACAACACGAAGUCCAAGGCCGGGCCGGAAGCGAAUGUAGGACUAGUCACUACUCUCAACGACGAAGAUCUACCCCUCGUCCGACAAGCCAUGAACACGCAGGAGGUGCCCCUCAAGUUUGCAGGCUUGCUGCCUCCCGGGGACUUCAUGGAAGAUCUAGCCUCCCGCCUUCCCAAGGGCACGCCAUUCGAGUACAUCCUUCGCCGUGUCACUGGAUCGGCUGCGAUGCACAAACGCUUCAAGAUGUGUAGCAUCCGCGACCAAAGCUAUAUUGCCCGCCACAUCGAGCAAGUCCGGGGGCUGAGCAUCACGGACAGGAUCGUCUUCAGCGCGGCUCCGUGCUCCCGGGGCUCAAGCCGUCUGGAGGCCGUCGCCCACGCCUUGGCUCGGGUCAUCGCAGAGAAACGCGAGGUAGACAUCAUGGACAUCCCUGAGAUCAACCUGGAGGUACUUGAGGAGCCUAUAUCUGGCGACAGAGCGUACCUUGAAGCUCUGGAAGAUCUGCACAAGGGUCUCGUGCUGUUCUUGUGGCUGAGUUAUAGAUUCAUUGCCAACUUGAAGGAUCGUGACGUUGCCUUUUAUGCAAAGAGCAUGGUUGAAGACAAGAUCAACACGUGCCUGGUCGAGUUCUCGGCGAACCCGGAGCUCAGAAAACGUGUGCUCGCGUACAAGAAGCGCAUGAAGGUGCCAAGCACGCCUACGGACGGGACGGCGAUGCCAGCAAGCACGUCGCAGCUGGACGUGGGUGAGCCAGAGGAUGAGCAGCCGUCAAGAUGGGUGUUAGGGCCAUCGCAGACAGACUUCGGAGAUGACCCGAAGGGAGCAUCUACUAUCGCAGCCACGGCUGUGUGA